CCCAAAUUACCAAAAUUAUGCUACCCUUGGCUAGUAUGAUAUCCAUGUUGACAAACAACUCUGUUAUAAAUGGCGCGCGAUCUGUACAUCUAUUAGUCUCUUUUACUCUCACAUAUCACAACGGUUUUUGCAAAAUUCCAACAAAACAUAAACCAAACAAAAAUUAGUACCAAUCGAAGUACCGAGUACUGCGACACAAGCAUACAUAUAUAGCUGCAAGAACAUAAACAGUUAUAUCUCCAUGUUUCCAUUGAAUUCAUGUACUUUUGAGUAUUUGCGUUGUAAAACUAUAAAAUAAAUGAAAAAAGAAAAAUAAAAUUUGCCGGCACAUCGUAAUUGUUGAAAGCAAAUCAAGUUCACUACACAUUCCACCAAAAUAGCGGCUGCAAACGGAAUCAUGGCACGCGAUCGGGAGCCACCACAAUCCCACACACAAGGAGCCACACAGAGCCAGGUGUCUAAUUUGUGGAGUCAAGUUGAGAGCCAACCAAUUGAGAACAUAGUUUGGGGUCGACUCUAUGGCAAGAACGUGAAAGUGAAAUCACUGGGUAGGACCAACGAUUAUAAGAUUCUGUAUCUGAAUACGUCUUUUUCUGUUGAUUUAAACAAUGAAAGCUUUACUGCUGGUCGGGGAGAAAACAAUGAUCUUAUGCUGACAACUAGUGACUUACCCGAGAAGAUAUUGUGCCGUAUAUCCAAAGUACAUUUUAUUAUAAAAAGGGCCAAUUGUGAUCUCUCAAAUCCAGUUUACAUAGAGGAUCAUUCACGUAAUGGAACAUUUGUUAACAGUGAACGAGUCGGUACCAAUAGUCGUCGUAUCUUACAGAACGACGACAUAAUUUCACUCUCUCAUCCCACCUAUAAAGCCUUUGUCUUUAAGGAUCUCAGCCCAAAUGAAGCUAUGGGCUUGCCUAAAGAAAUAACAUCAAACUAUUAUGUUAGUCGUAAGCUAGGAUCUGGAGCAUGUGGUUUGGUACGGCUAGUAUACGACAGACGAUCGUGCCAGGAGUACGCUAUGAAAAUUGUAAAGAAAAAUAUGUUAGCCACUAGCACAAACCCCAAUAAUUUAACUGAUCCCAAUAGGGUAAUGAAUGAGGCAAAAAUAAUGAAAAACUUAGAUCAUCCCUGUGUUAUUAACAUGCAUGACAUUGUCGAUAAGCCAGAUUCUGUCUACAUGGUUCUCGAGUUUAUGAAAGGUGGUGAUUUACUUAAUCGCAUUGUGGAUAAUAAAAGAUUAUCCGAAAAAAUUUCCAAAUUAUUUUUCUACCAAAUGUGCCAUGCUGUAAAGUAUUUACACGAUAAAGGUAUAACUCAUCGAGAUAUAAAACCUGAUAAUGUUCUACUAGACUCUGCAGACGAAGAAACUUUAUUAAAAGUUUCCGAUUUUGGCUUGAGCAAAUUCGUGCAAAAAGAUUCUGUUAUGCGUACCCUUUGUGGCACACCUCUGUAUGUUGCACCAGAAGUGUUGUUGACAGGCGGCCGGGGCGCUUACACCAAAAAGGUGGACAUUUGGAGUUUGGGUGUAGUUUUGUUCACAUGUCUAAGUGGUACAUUGCCAUUUUCUGAUGAUUACGGUUCGCCAGCAUGCGAACAAAUAAAACGGGGACAUUUUCGUUUUAAUCAUCCAUCAUGGAAGCAAGUUUCGCAAAGAGCUACUUCCUUAAUUAAGAAUAUGUUAAUUGUAGAUCCCCAAAGAAGACCAACCAUAGAUGAUGUACUACAAAGUAGCUGGCUCAAAGAUGCAGACAUGUUAAGAACUGCCAACAAGCUAAUGAAAAUUGAAGCUAUGGAAACCGAAGAUGAAGAGAAUUUUUUAGAGCCACCCAUGAAACGUUCCAAAAGAUAAUUUAUCCAUUUUUUGUUUUAAGUAUAUAUGUUAUUAUUAAUUAUCUUUAAAAAGAAUACUCUCGCCAGAUGCCAAAUAGAGUACUAAUUUAUUACUUUAUUAUAUGCAUUUUUUGUUCCUUGAUUUUAUUUUAUUUUUUUUUUUUAAUUAUUUACAUCAUUCAUUGGAUAUGAAGUGAAAAACAUGAACCCCAACAACACAUACAAUAUGCCAAAAUUACAUUGGACAAAAUAUUAAUGUUCUAAAUAUGGCAUUUGAAAUAAUUUGUAAGAGUUGUACUCUAAUUAAUUUUUGUUAGAUGUACUCAGCAUAUACAUUGUUACUUAUUCAUUGAAUCUAUUUCUAUGAUUAUUAUUACUUUUUUACCUCAAUAUAUGUAUGUAUUGUACUGUUUAUGUUGCGUCAUUGUUAUAAGAGCUUUUAAAGGCUUUUAGUAUUCCAAACAUUAACUGAAGGGCUGUGAUUCGCCUUCAUUUCAAUAAACUUAAAAUAUUUUUA